AUGGCUCCCGUCAACAAUGCCCAUCCCUCAACCCAAGCGCUCCAUGCCGAUGACUACUUGAACUUGGUGAAUGAUGUUGCACCACCCAUUCACCUUUCCACAAUUUUCAGAUAUCCUAAUGACCCUAACCAACUUGUCAUACCCGAGGACCCAAUCGCCGAGUUCAACGGCAAGAAUUACGUAUAUUCCCGCGAAUUCGCACCCAAUGCAACUCGCUUCGAAGCAGUCCUUUCAUCUCUCCUAAAGGGCCAUGCUGUGAGCUACGCCAGCGGACUGGCAGCUCUAUACGCCGCCUUGACCCUCUUGAACCCCCGACGUAUAUCCGUGGGCGACGGUUACCACGGCAGUCAUGAAGUUAUAUCGGUUAUAUCCCGUCUGUCAGGUCUUCAAAAGUUCGAGCUCGACUGUCCUGCCGAAAACUUAGGGGAAGGAGAUGUCAUCCUUCUUGAAACACCCGUCAACCCGCUCGGAACUGCAUUCAACAUUGAAGAAUAUGCCAAGAAAGCACACUCCCGCGGCGCUUACCUGAUUGUCGACAGCACAUUCGGGCCACCAGGCCUCCAGGAUCCGUUUUUAUGGGGAGCUGAUAUCGUCUUCCACUCAGGCUCGAAAUAUUUCGGUGGUCACAGCGAUAUGUUAUGCGGUGUUCUUGCUGUCAAGCGAGAAGACUGGUUGAAACGACUUUAUGAGGACCGAGUGGCUCUAGGAAGCAACAUUGGCAACCUCGAAGGCUGGAUGGGUCUUCGGAGCUUGCGAACUUUAGAAGUUCGAGUUCAGCGCGCGAGCGAGAACUGCGCUAAAUUGAUUUCAUGGCUUGAUGUUGCUAUGAAGACCCUCGACCCUGUCCCGGGCAGCGAAGAAUUUGUCAUUCAAGCUGUCCUCCAGAAAAUGUAUCAUGCCAGUCUCCAGAAUGAGCCGUGGUUGGCGAAGCAGAUGCCUUGCGGGUUUGGGCCUGUGUUCUCGAUCAUCUUGCGUGAUGAGACCUUUGCGAAAACCCUUCCUAGCAAACUGAACUUUUUCCAGCAUGCUACGAGUCUGGGUGGGGUUGAGUCGCUCAUUGAAUGGCGGGCGCUGUCUGAUUCAAAGGUUGAUCGCAAGCUAUUGCGAGUUAGCAUUGGGCUGGAGAACUGGGAGGAUUUAAAGGCCGACUUGUUGCAGGCAUUCACCUCGCUGACAAGAGAAUCAUAA